CAUAAGUUUGUGUCGAUGGCUCAAGAGUCACCGUCAGAAAAAUCUAUCAGCCUUAGUUUGACUGCUCGAUAUGCACCCUCAUGGAAGACUUGGGAAGGAAUCCGUGAAGUUGUCCAAAACUGGCACGAUGGGGUGUAUUUCUCGCUGGAGAAACUGAGAGCCGUAUCGAGUUCAAGAUUGGCCUUUCACCAUACGAAAGAAAAAGAUUCACUCUCGUAUAAAGCAAUUUUAACAGCUGAAAAUUGCCUAAAAUUAGAAAGGAAAGCAGCAGAAGACAGAGACUCAGAUGAUCAAGAAGUGAGUGGCAGGAAUCAAACGCGAAAACCUGGUCAUCAAACCUUCGAUUCUUCCGUAAGAGGCGAUGACAGGGAAGGCUCUAUCGACAUUGAACUGGGACGAAUAGAUUAUAAUCCAACCAGACAAAAACUAACCUUGAUAAACCAUGACACAGAGCUUAUGAGGAAAGUGUUGCUUCUUGGGUUCUCAAAGAAAGCUUCAAACAAAGAAGUGAUUGGACAGUUUGGAGAAGGACUGAAAGUUGGUGCACUGGCUUUGGUGAGAGAAGGAAGAGUGGUUACCAUGAAGACUGGUAAAGAGCGGUGGAGAUUUGGAUUAUCUCACGAUGAGACGUUUGACGAAGAAGUUCUGACAGUAUUUGUUGAUGGCAGGUGGAAGGAAAGUAACGAUGAUGAUGAUGACGACAAUGACGACCAACAUGACAAGUAUAAUGACAAUUACGAGACAAACCUUGAACAGAUGAACACAUCUGUGACUGUCUUUCCUCUCUGUCGUGAGGACUGGGAAGUUUACCUAAAGCGGUUCCUCUUUCUUAGCCCACCUAAAGACUCUGUAAAGUCUGUGGCAGGAACUUUGCUUUUAGGUGAUCAUUACAAAGGUCAACUUUAUGUCAAAGGUGUCUGGGUGUCGGACCUUUCUAAGGAUGGAUUAGCAUCAGGAGUUGACUUUGUUCACCUCAGGAUUGAUAGGGAUAGAAGAGCUGUCAUUCAUCUCAGUGACAUUGAGCAUCAGAUAAGCAGCAUGUGGAUACAGGCAAUACAAGAAAGACCAGAUCUGAUUCCAUACUAUUAUAGCCUCUUGGAGGAGAACAAAACUUGUGAUGUGCGUCAUGCAGACUUUUACCUUAGUGAGACAUCUUCCUCGCUUCUAGCACAACACUUCUUUGCUGUUCAUGGAUCUAUGGCAUAUCCUGUACCAAACACAGUUUCAUCAGAUUUACUGACAGAAAUAAAAAGGGAAAUUAGUAAAAAACUGGUGAUGUGCAAUGAGGUCUUGAUUCAAGUGUUAUACAAGUCUGGUGUAGUGGAACCCCUGGAGACCAUUAUGUCAAAGGCUUCGACAAAGAAAUCAGCUAUUGUUCCUUUUGCAGAAUUGACUCCAGAAGAAAUUGAUGUUCUGCAGCAUGUUGAAAAGCUUAUGAAGUUGUGCAAGCCAGAAUUCUGCAUGGCUACUAUAGAUAUUUUAGAAUCUUCAGGAACUGCAAUUGUUGUAAAUUCAAAGGAUCUUGGUCAUUAUGACAUUCCACGCACUUUGUUGAGUGGCAAGAUAGAUCACCAUUGUGAAACACAUCAAAGGAAGUGUUUUUGCAGAGAAGCUUUGAUUGUGUUUAACAUCUUGUCUCUGCAAUCAGACAAGCUGUUACAAGGUAAGUUCAUUUAA